UCGGAAUUGUUUCUGGUAAUACGCCGCAACUUUUACCUUUUGACGCUCAAAACUUUGAAGAUUCGGCUUCAAGUAAUACCCAAUUGGUUCCAAGCUCAUCGACGGAUUUACAAAAUCAAGGCCAAGGCCAAGAGAUCUCCCUUAACAAAAGCAGAAAUCACACACAAAAUAUGCGGUCGCCUUAUCGAAACAAUUCCGACCCCAAAGACGCGAUAUCUAUUCCUUUGGACAGUAUGCUCGAUGUUUGCGUCAAGCUAGAAAAAACACAUUCUUUUUCUCCGGUUUUCAGAAAUAGCUUAAACUCCUCUUCUGGCACUCGCAAUCAAGAAGUGUUAAGCACAGGUCAAUCUUCAAAAGUUGGUAGCACCAAAAUGGCUCUUUGCAGCAAUUUUGAACUUGGCGGUGAUAACGGCACUCCGUAUCACAAAAGCAUGUCGGAUCGCACAUGCACCGUCUUACCUCCCUCCAAUCCCUUGGAAUAUAUGUUUUAUUUGGAUUGGAUAAAAUGUCAAUCCGAUCUAGCCUCGCUGACCGAAACCUACCAAAGAAUCUCUACAUUUCUACAUGAAACUAAUUUCCAGAUCAUCGAAAAACAAAAGGAACUUCAGAAUUGUCUGUCCAAAAUGAUUUCCUCACAUAGCAGCAUGUUUUCUGCCAAUCAGUUUUCCUCUCCUCAUCAAUCGCACGAGAUACUCCUCCAUACUUGUGACCAAAAUGAUAUUCCCAUAACCCCGCGACAUCUUGUAUCUGAAUUACCAAAGAAAAGCCAGACAUCUGGUACAUCACCCACUCAAAGUUUUGGCAUGCCGAGUCAAGCUUUUGGGGGAAACAGCCCAGUGUCCAAUAUGGCAGAUCAAGUGUCCAGUCACAUAGAAUCUAUUUUUGGCACGUAUGGCUCAGAUUCCAGCUUCGCGGAAACCCCUGUGCUAAAAGCAUCCCCGAAGGCCUGUAUCAAUCAUCAUCAGCUGAGCUAUUUUCAUAUGAUGACUUCUGGAAAGCCCAGGUAUUUAGUUUUGAAUGAGACAUCUGGAGACUCCCUAUUGGAAGACACUCUCAUUGCCUGUGAUAUUCAUGUAUCAAACUAUCCCCCUUUUAUCACCCCUUCCGCCCAUACAGGUUCUGUUGUGGAGGAUCUUGUAUGGAAUCAAAGUGGAGAUGUUCUUGCAAUGGCAUAUUCGCCCGGAAAUUCGGCUCAAUUGGUUAUGGUCGCUCCAAUUAUUAACUUUGUUCUCGCACCAAUGCAGCCUAAUACCCAGCAUUUGCGGGGCAUUAGCUGCAUUACACAAUACAAGGGGCGAUCAGUUUCUUCUGCCGGUGUUUCCUGCUCCUCGCUAUUGGGAGUGCACGAAUUUAUCACCGGUGGUGCGGACAAAACCAUUGUUUGUUACACCAUUUCUUACAAUAGCAUUUGUGGUCUAAACACGCUGACGGAUCGUUCUCUUCCACCCAUGUGCAUAGCGCCCACAAAUCCAGAGUCAAUGCGACGAUUGAUUCUAUAUGAUUUAGAGCAAAGAGCCAUAGACCAAUGCCAUAAGCUUGAAAGUCGUAUUAGCACCGUUCAAUUGAACGAAAAGGCAGAUUUGCUUCUGUUGACGUUUUUGUCUUCUUCAAACCAGCUGAUGCUGUGGGACAUACGGAAGAAAAAAUUCGCCCACCAAUUUGGCUGUGCAGAGGUAUCGUAUUCUUCUAAUCGUCAAAGAGCAAUAAUUUGA